AUGGAAAACGGAAGCUUAGAUUCACAUCUCUUUAAGGCAAAAAGCUUGUUGACAUGGGGGACAAGGUAUAAAAUAGUCUGUGGGCUUGCCGCUGCUUUAAUGUAUCUACAUGAAGAAUGGGAGCAAUGUGUUUUACAUAGAGAUAUCAAAUCGAGUAAUGUGAUGUUGGACUCAAAUUUCAAUGCUAAGCUUGGCGACUUUGGGUUAGCUAAGUUGGUGGACCAUGAGAAAGGCUCACACACAACACUAUUGGCUGGAACCUUGGGUUACAUGGCUCCAGAAUGUGUAGUAACUGGGAAAGCAACCAAACGAUCAGAUAUAUUCAGCUUUGGAGUCGUUGCACUGGAAAUUGCUUGUGGGCGAAAACCCAUUGAGUACUUGGCUCCCGAAAAACAAAUAAGAUUAGUACAAUGGGUUUGGGAGCUCUAUGGGACCGGGACACUUUUGGAAGCGGUUGAUCCGCAUCUAGGGUCAGAUUUUGAGGAAGAAGAAAUAAAGCGGUUGAUGAUCCUUGGGUUAUGGUGUGUGCACCCUGACUCAGAUUUUCGUCCAUCAAUGAGACAAGCAAUUCAAGUACUAAACUCAGAAGCAUCCGUACCUGUACUCCCCUCAAAGAUGCCAGUCGCCUCUUACGUGUCUUCGCCCAUUUCUUCUUCAUAUAGCGAUGCUUCCAUCAUCAGAACCCAAUCAUCAUCAAGCAACAAAUUUGACAAGGGUCGUUCCUAA